UUACAAAUUCUCUGAUUUAAAACAUUCUACGCAAGUAAACUUUAAAAUGGCGACCUCGAUCCGAACUUCUCCAGUAAAAUCGACAGCACAUAAACGCCGGUUCGGAAGUUUCGGAGCAUUCACUGCUUCUGGACAGGAUAACGGCGCUGGACGAUGGGCACCAAGAAAGUACCGUAAAUGGGCUUCGCAGGGGGCGACACUGACACAGACGUGCGUCCCGGACCCUCGAACGGCGUCUUCUGCAGGAUAA